UCGUGUCUCCAAUACAAUCGACUGUAUGGACUUAUAAGGCUGUCGCCUUCACUGCGCCUCUUGACUCCAAAAUAGGCGUAAGUAUCACAGGUUGUUGAUAAGCGCCCAUGAUGGUUCAUCAUGACAUGCCUAACUCGGAUGAGAAGUUCCUAUGGCUGCUUCCAGAUUCAUUUUGAUAAUCACAGGAAUGGUGUAAAGCGGUUUCGGGAAGCCACCCUCUCCUUGUACUUGAGCACAUUGAAAACUUCACUGAUGACGCCAGACACGAUCUAUCAGGAUCAAACCGACCCCGUCGACGAGAUACUUGAUUCAUUCUAUUUUAGCAUUGAGGAGGAAGAGGCAGGAAUAAACGAUGAUGAUGAGCAGUAUGAAACUGCUUCAUCUGUCUCUAGUACUCAGAGCGAAGGUCUAUCAGAACUCGAAUCAGAAUCAGACGAGGAAGCGGGUGCAUUUUAUGCCCUAUACGGCGGAGGGUCGAGCGUUUCGUCCUCUAUCUCAUCUUUAUCGUCUAUGUCGGCGCCGAGAGAACGAGUCGACCUUUCCUCUGAGAGCAUAGAGGCCGCCGGUAUAUUCGACAAUUCCCGAGACGACGACGUUCUCCCAUUGGAUACAUACCGUCCGACGAACGACUCUUCCCUCAUUUUUGGACAUGAAGAUAUUCCUCAAGUGAUCUCUGCUUCGUCAAAUACGUGUGAUGAAGGAGUUCUAAGUGACGACCAUUUACCCCCGAAGUUUAGCAGCCGAUUGUCAACCGAGACUAUUCAUGAUAUUACCUCGGUACCAUAUCAGACUUGUACGGGGCGUAACGUUUGACAGUGCUGGCGCUGCAUACAUUGGCUAAUUAGGGAAAGGAGUACCCUUGUUACUUUCUUUUCCUUUCAGAGUUGUACCUUUUAACGCGGAAAAGUACUUCAGUUGCUAUUGUGCAUCCAUUUGGCUUCGUUUUUAUCGGCUUAUCGACGACUACGCUCGAAAUUUAAAGAUCUCUGUCUUGUCCUACUUCUCCCGUGUCUCUUGUAUCCCUAACCAACAAGUAUCCUUUACGAAAGCUAUGUUCGCCCAAUAGCGAGAGGUACAGCGCUCGAGAUGAGCGUCCGACUGGUCACUGGUAGGUGAUAGGCCG